AAAAUUGGUGCCGAACCGAGGCGGCCACAGGGCCCUGUGCUGGACUAGAUCCACGCCGGCGAAACGCGCGUCACCGCCCCCCCUCCCCGGCUCAAACUCAGAAGGCACCAAAUCGCCGGAGGCACCCGACUGCCGUUCCGCUGUUCCCAUCCCGCCGGCCACCUCCUCCCCUCAGCUCCCCCCACCUCGCACCCCGGCCCUACCACCGCUCCACCAACCCGCACCACACGGCGGCCCUACUUCUCGCGCCGAUCGCGCGCCCGCUCGCCCAACCUCCGGUCUGCCGCCCCAGAUCUGGUGGACCUCCGCCUUGGCUUGCGAACUCGGUCGUGGGGGCCGGCCAGGUCGGUCCAUGGUUUCCGCCGGCGCGCAGGUGGGCGUGUUUGCUGCGUGCGUGGUGCUCUUCGUCCCCAUGGGCCUCGCCGGGUGGCACCUCAGCCGCAACAAGGUGCUCUUCUUCUCCGGCGCGCUCUUCGUCUCCCUCGCCGUCGGGGUCCACCUCUCCCCCUACCUCCCCUCGCUGCCGCACCUCCUCAUCGCCUCCUUCCACCCGCUCCACCCCGCCUCCCCCUCCUCCUCCUCCUCCGCCUCCUGCCUCUCCUUCCUCCACCGCGUCACCUGGUCCCCCGCCUCCCCCGCCACCGCCCGCGCCUGGUCGUGGCCGCCCUCGCUCGCCUCCACCUGCGGCUUCGCGCGCCUGACGCGCCACGACGCGUCCACCCUGCUCAACGGCUCCUGGAUCAUGGUCGCCGGGGACUCGCAGGCGCGGCUGCUCGUGCUCGCGCUGCUGCGCCUGCUGCUCGACCCGGCCGCCGCGGCCGCCGCCGAGCCGGACCUCUUCCGCCGCCACAGCGACUACCACGCCGCCGUGCCGGCCCGGGGCAUCUCCGUCGACUUCAUCUGGGCGCCCUUCGAGGCCAACCUCACGCGCCUGCUCCGCGAGGACCUCCGCCUCGCGCCCCGCGCCCCCGACGUGCUCGUGCUCGGCUCCGGCCUCUGGCACAUGCUCCACGCCACCGACGCCUCGCGGUACGGCGACGCGCUCGCGGCCAUCGCCGACGCCGCCAACUCCCUCCGCUCCUCGCUGCCCGUGCCGCCGCCGCCGCACAUGUUCUGGCUCGGCCUGCCGCACCUCGUCAACCCGAUGCUCAACACCGAGGCCAAGAGAGCGCGCAUGAACAGCACCGUGCUGCAGGCUUACGACCGUGAGGUGGACGAGCGGUGCAUCUUGCGCCGCGACGGCGGCCCGUUCCGGCUGCUCGACGUGGGAAAACUCACCCGGGGAUGUGAAUGCACGCCUGACGGGAUGCACUAUGACGGCGUGGUGUACGACGCUGUCAUGCAUAUCAUGUUCAAUGCGCUAGUGAUUGAAUCACAGCAAAGGAUUUGAGUGCUGGUAGGGGUCCUUGAAGCAGAAUCACAGACUUAUCCAAUUUGACAAACUUGAGAUAUAUGGGUAAAUGUCAAGUUGAUUCUCAGGUGACGGGGUGCAUUAUGAUGGCGUGGUGUAUGAGCUAUCAUGCAUAUCAUGCUCAAUGCAUUAGUGAUUGAAUCGCAACGAAGGAUUUGAGUACUGGUAGGGGUUCUUGAAGCAGGUGUGCUCUCAACCCCCUUUUUUUUUUGGAUCAUUACCAUAUGCGGGUAAUUAGAAUGUGUUGUUAAAUAGGAAGGUUCUUUUGAAUGGUUCAACAUUUUGGCUGUGUGCCAGAAGUCUCCAUUGGAUGGCUCAACAUUAGAGUGUAAUAUAAGGACAUCUUAGAACCACACUGUUUUUCGCUGAAUGACAAACUGGAAUGACGUACUGUAUACUUUCUCUCUGGUAACAACUAAGAUGGUAACUCUGACAUGUAUAGGAGAGGACAUAUUGACUAAACACUAGGAAAUAUUCAACUUCCUUUUUCUGCCAAUUGUUUUCUUGUUAUUAAUCAUGCAUAAAUGUUCUAUGAGUCGUUUGGUGAUGCUUUCAGCACUCAGGAUCGGAAGUCAGAGUCACAGACUUGUCCAAUUUGGUGAACUUAAGAUAUAUGCGUAAAUGUCGAGUUUGUGCUCAGAUGACUGUUAAUGUACUUAUAUCCUUUCGACAUAGUUGUAUACUACUUAUCACCAUUAGUUGGUGUAUCUCUAACAUUGACAUGAUCUUGAAGCUAUAUAUAACCCUAUGACUGUGCUACAUGCUGAAUGCAUCACAUGAUGUUGAACACACGCGUAGAACACAGUGACUACUUUGUAAAGAAGGUUACAUUAAGAGUACAAAUGAUGUAUGUAUAUCAUUCCACUAGCUCUAAUGGAAUUAGUCUUUUUUUUUCUAGGAAAUGUACUGUAUACUUUUUUUCUCUAGUAAUAACUAAGAUGGCGACUCUGACAUGUAGGAGAGGACAUUUUGAGUAAAUACUAGGAAACAUUCAACUUCCUUUUUCUGGCAAUUGGUCUUCUUAUUGUUAUUAAUCAUGCAUAAAUGUUCUAUGAAUCAUUUGGUGACGCUUUCAGCAUUCGGAUCGGAAGUCAGAAUCACUGACAUAUCCAAUUUGACAAACUCGAGUAAUAUGUUUAAAUGUCAAGUUGAUUCUCAGAUGACUGUAAAUGUACCUAAAUCCUUUCGAUAUAGUUAUAUACUACUCCCUCGGUUCUAUAGUUCUUGUCGUGGUAUUAGUUCAAAAUUUUGAACUAAAACCACGACAACAAUAAUGGAACAGAGAGAGUACUUAACACAAUUAGUUGGGGUAUUUCUAACAUUGGCAUGAUUUUGAAGCCUAUAAUCGUAUGACUGUGCUACAUGCUAAUGCAUCACAUGAUGUUGAACACACGCUAUAAUCGUAUGACUACAUUGUAAAGAAGGUUACACUAAGAUUACAAAGGAUGGAUGCAUACUAUUCCAGUAGCUCUAAUCAUAUUACUCUUUCUUGUUUUUUGAGGAAAAAUCCUGUCCAUGAAGAAAAAUAAUUUACUUGCUUCCUUUGUGUAGUCUUUGGUCCUUCAUGCUUCCUGGUAGUUAAUUUAUCCCGAGAACCUGUAGAAGUCCUGUAGAGAAAAUAUUCCUUAAAUGCACUGUUAACACGUGCAAUAAUAAACAUGUGUGCUCAAUGCACUUCCUCUGUUCUGGUCUGUUCUAUUAAUUGUGAUUCUAGUUUCAGUUUUCCUAUCUGCAAACUAGUUCCACCAGAACCGCUGAGGAGCCAAUGCUUCGUAGUAUUUCAAUUUGCAAAAAUGCCAUAUGAACCUCGUGGCGUGUAGGAAUAUUUAGGUUUAUCUAGGACAUAUUUCCUUCUUUAUUAUAUGUGCUCAUUCUUUGUUGUAUAGUCCUGUUAGCAAUUUCAAGCAAUCCAUUUGUGCCUGAAGGUAUUGUUUGGCCUAUAUAGCAUGUAAUAGUGCAUGGAUAAUCUUGCAGUAACUUCUACUUAACUUUUUUAGGUUUUCUAUUUAAAUAUUGAUGUUAAAGAUAAACUAUUGUAAACUUUCAUGGCUGCUCACAAUUCCUUUGUUUCAAUUGGCUGUUCUCCGUUUCUGGUUCACCUUGUUUUUUCUAGUUUACCACUGAAGUGUUUGACUAAAUAUAUAGCUGUUUUGCUACUAAGACUGCAUGAAAAAAUGUUAUCAUCUCAUGCACUUGUGUUACUUCUGCUCUAGUCAUUACCUUGUUAACCAAGCCUUGGUAAGGCCGGUUAAGAUCCGGACUCCAAGAAGAACCGGAGUGUUCUGACAGCGAAAUCAGCAGCGCGCACUGAACCGGACGCCCUAGAGCAAAGGAUCCUGCUGUUCGGUUGUUUCACUCUCCGAGUUGUACCCUAUACUGGCUAUACAUGAAUCUGAUGUGGGCUCCCACGGUUAAAAAACCAGGAGUCCUGGUCAUGCAUGAACCCUGUUUCUGGAUUAAUUGAUACAAAUUUUCUUGUACUCUUAUUCUAGCUGUGUCUUCCAUUUAUCCUCUGUUAAGGACGCGAUCGAUAUUAUGUUGGAUACGAUAACCGCUGGCUGAGCAUAGUUUGGUUUCUUAUUAAACAGAUUAUCUCUUCAGAA